AUGAAAUAUCGCUUGACUCCCCGGACGAUGCACGGACCUCCCUCUGCCAUUGUUCGAACUGUAAAGUCAGUCUCGCCUCUACCAUCCCGUGUACUGCGCAAGCUAACAGAAAACCAGAAAGCAUUCGGAACAAACUACGGCCUAACAGCCAAGAUCCCCAAAGAUGCAUUGAGACUGACGGCUGGGAAACCCAAGGAACAUGUGGGCGAUAACGGGUCCGGGUCGUUACUGCACCGGGAAUUCUGCGACAAUUGUGGGAGUUUCAUUCUUGAAUAUGGGGAUGCGGUCAAGGACCAGGCGCGGUAUAUCUGCGUUGGGACUCUAGAUGAUCCGGAGGCGUUGCCGCCCAAGGGGGAGUUUUUCUGUAGUUCGAGGGCGAGCUGGAUGCCUGAGAUUCCGAAUGUGUUUCAUAAGCAGAAGAUCAAGGAGUAG